AUGGUAACCAAACGGAGGAAAAGUACACAUGAGCCAGCAGACGAAAGUAAAAGGAUAAAGCUGGAAAAGGACGAAUCGAUUGAUACCAAUGACAUCAAGGGUUUUGAAGAAGAUGAAGGCGGCAUAGAAGAACCAGUAAUCGUUCAUGAGAAAGAAACAAUAGGAAUUCAAGAGAGUGAAGAGAACGGUGUUACCAAAUUUAUGUUUGGAGGGUCCGAAUACAAUUUUAAGGAGCGGGCCAGUGUAAUAGAAGAAAAAGAGGGUAAAAUUGAGUUCAGAGUGGUGAAUAACGACAACACUAAGGAAAACAUGAUGGUUUUGACAGGUCUCAAAAACAUUUUUCAGAAACAGUUGCCCAAAAUGCCGAAAGAAUACAUUGCACGACUUGUGUAUGAUAGAAGUCAUCUAUCUAUGGCAGUUGUGCGAAAGCCAUUGACGGUUGUGGGAGGCAUCACAUACAAGCCGUUCAAUAACAGACAAUUCGCAGAAAUCGUUUUCUGUGCUAUAAGCUCAACGGAGCAGGUACGAGGUUACGGUGCACAUCUCAUGAACCAUUUGAAAGAUUAUGUGAAGGCGACUUCAGACAUCAAGCAUUUUUUAACCUAUGCCGACAAUUACGCGAUUGGGUAUUUCAAGAAACAAGGUUUCACGAAAGAGAUUACUUUAGAAAAAAGCAUUUGGAUGGGAUACAUCAAGGACUAUGAAGGUGGUACUCUUAUGCAGUGCACGAUGCUGCCCCGAAUCAGGUAUUUGGAUGCUGCUAAGAUCUUACUUCUACAAGAGGCUGCUAUACAACGAAAAAUCCGAUCCGUCUCCAAGAGCUAUAUUGUUUACAGUGGAUUGUCUCAAUUUAAGGAUCUAGACAAUAUAAAUCCUAUGGAUCCAAUGGAAAUUCCGGGUUUAAAGGAGGCGGGAUGGACCCCAGAAAUGGACGAAUUGGCUCAGCGGCCCAAGAGAGGGCCUCAACAUGCAGUUAUGCAAAAUAUCCUAACAGAAUUGCAAAACCAUGCGGCCGCAUGGCCGUUUCUGCAACCCGUAAAUAAAGAUGAGGUGCCAGACUACUACGAGUUUAUCAAAGAACCAAUGGACUUAAGCACAAUGGAAAUGAAAUUGGAGAACAACCGCUACGAAAAGAUGGAGAAUUUUGUUUACGAUGCUCGUUUGAUCUUUAAAAACUGUAGAGCAUACAACGGAGAGAACACGUCGUACUUCAAGUACGCCAAUAGGCUGGAGAAAUUUUUGGACAGCAAACUGAAGGAACUUCCAGAGUAUUCCCACUUGGUAGAUUAA